UCGAACACCAAAAUCUCAGACAUUCGCUCUUCCACUUCCCACAACAUACACACUCUCUCUCUCCCCCGCUUUCUCUCUCUAAUCCAAUGCUGCUGCAUUGUCCAAAAUAGGAGUUUAGCAGUUGGCGAAGAGAGAAAAUCGGAGAAGAAGCAAGCAUAAAAGAGAAGGCAGCAGUACUGGUAACCGAGAAAGAGGUGGAGAGUUUUUUCGUUUCUCCUUUCUAACUUCUUCCCCUUUCAUUUCCGGCGGCGGCGUUUUGCCUGCCGGUGAAAGGAAUCUAUCUUGACGACACUUAUAUUCUUGUUUUCCAUCAAAUCAUCAUAGCCCAUAUUCAGUUCUUAGUCUAAUCUUGAUCCGCCCAUUGCAGUUUUUCUUCAUUGCGAGGUCCAAUCUUCGUUUGCGUUGCGUCAGCUUGUUACGGAAACAGCAUGGAGAACCUAAAGACUCCGUUCAAGGGAGUAAAAGAUGAUCUUAAAGGCCGGCUGGCAUGCUACAAGAAGGACUGGGUUGAUGCAUGUGGUUCGGGUGCGAGGAUUCUGGCUCCAACAGCAUACAUUUUCUUUGCUUCUGCUCUCCCUGUGAUUGCCUUUGGGGAGCAAUUGAGUCGGGAAACAGAUGGAAGCUUGAGCACCUCUGAGACUCUUCUUUCUACAGCUGUGUGUGGAGUCAUCCAUGCAAUUUUCGGUGGGCAGCCAUUAUUGAUUUUAGGAGUUGCUGAGCCAACCAUUAUAAUGUACACCUACUUGUACAAUAUUGCUGAGAAGAGUAUAGGGAGGCAACUGUAUUUAGCCUGGGCUGGGUGGGUCUGUGUCUGGACCGCUUUGCUGUUGUUCCUUCUUGCUAUAUUCAAUGCUUGUACCAUCAUCACUCGAUUUACAAGGGUGGCAGGGGAACUUUUUGGCAUGUUAAUCACUGUUCUUUUCAUUCAAGAGGCCAUUAAGGGUGUGGUGAGUGAAUUCGAUAUUCCAAAAGGUGAAAACCCCAAUGAAGAGAAAUACCAAUUUCAAUGGCUAUAUGUAAAUGGAUUACUUGCAGUUAUCUUCUCUUUUGGUGUGCUUCUCACCUCCCUGAGAAGCAGAAAAGCUAGGUCCUGGCGAUACGGUACAGGCUGGUUUCGCAGUUUUAUUGCAGACUAUGGGGUCCCUUUGAUGGUUGUUGUAUGGACCGCUUUGUCGUAUGGCAUGCCAGGAAAAGCUCCUGCUGGAGUUCCUAGGAGGCUCUUCUGUCCUCUUCCUUGGGAAUCUGAAUCGUUGUAUCAUUGGACAGUGAUGAAGGAUAUGGCAAAAGUGCCAGUGGGGUAUAUUUUUGCUGCCUUCAUACCUGCUGUGAUGAUCGCAGCUCUAUACUUUUUCGAUCACAGUGUAGCUGCACAGCUGGCACAACAGAAGGAAUUCAAUUUGAAAAAUCCGCCUGCUUACCAUUACGAUAUCCUAUUGCUGGGAGUCAUGACUUUGAUUUGUGGAUUACUUGGACUUCCUCCUUCGAACGGUGUCCUUCCACAGUCGCCUAUGCAUACUAGGAGUCUUGCGGUCCUUAAGAGGCAGAUGAUACGGGAGAAAAUGGUGAAGAGCGCGAAGGAGGGCAUGCAAGAGCAAGCAAGCCACUCUGAGAUUUAUGGGCGAAUGCAUGCAGUGUUUGUCGAGAUGGAGAGUGCACCAUCUCAUACGACAGAAAAAGAUUUGGCCAACUUGAGAGAAGCUGUCUUGAAACACGACGAUGAAGAUACGAAUGGCAAAUUUGAUCCAGAAAAGUGCAUCGACCUCCACUUGCCUGUUCGAGUAAACGAGCAAAGAGUUAGCAAUCUGCUACAAUCCAUACUUGUUGGGCUCGCCGUAUGUGCUAUGCCUGUUAUCAAGAUGAUACCUACAUCAGUUUUGUGGGGAUACUUUGCCUACAUGGCCAUCGACAGUCUCCCAGGUAAUCAAUUCUGGGAGAGGGUUUUGCUGCUCUUUGUUCCUGCUGGUCGUCGUUUCAAAGUCAUCCAAGAGUCCCAUGCUUCGUAUGUGGAGUCGGUGCCAUUCAAGUACAUCAUGAUGUUCACAAUCUUUCAGAUUGUCUAUUUUUUGGUGUGUUUCGGAAUCACAUGGAUACCUAUUGCUGGAAUACUGUUUCCACUACCGUUCUUCCUUCUAAUAAGCAUAAGAGAGCACAUUCUUCCCAAGUUUUUUCCACCUCAUCAUCUUCAGGACUUAGAUGCAUCUGAGUAUGAAGAAAUCAUCGGACGUUCAUUCAGGACCAAGAGUCUAUCUCUCAAGGAUAGAGAACUACCUGAUAGUGAUGAUGACGAAGGUGCUGAUGUAUCCUCUGCUGAAAUACUGGAUGAGAUGACGACGCACAGAGGAGAAUUGAAGCAUCGGUCUGUGAGCUUCAACGACAGGCAGCUUCAGGUUAUUCCAGAAGAUUCUGCUCGGGUUUAGGCUUGAUUCCCCAUCCCCAUCAAGAUGCUUAUCUUAGCAAAUCAUAUACAUUACUAUAACAUAAGAAGAACGAGGAACGGCAGGCUGAAAGAGAAUAGGAAACGAAGAAAGAAGGGAUAAGAAUAGCCUCUCCACAUAGUUUAGGAACUAUGAAGGUAAUUUUGCAUGAAGUUGCACAAUCCCUUCAUUGUUUCUUGCAUUUCGAGCAGCCAUGUAAAAAGAAUGAUAUUCUCAAGAGAAAGAAACGAGGUGAAAGUACUCAAGCCUACUACAUACUGUCUUGUGUAGCAGACGGGCGAUAAAGAUUAGAAAUUAACUAUUUUUUUGGGCAUACCAUACUAUACUAUACUUCUGAUUUUUCCUGGGAAAUUUAGAGAGAUGAAGUGAAUUUAUUCCUUUUCCUAGCUCAGUUCAUUUUCCAUAGUCGCCUAUUUAUUACAUUAGUAGUUUUGGUUCAGGCUAAGAUACCUUAAAAUAUUUCAUGGUUGA